UCAAGAUGGCUCCCGUUUUAGAGAAGAAGCUACUGGGUGCAGUCGGGACGGGCGACACCAUGGAUAACAGCAACGAGGAUGAUGAAGGACAAAACCUCUGGUCUUCAAUUCUCAGCGAAGUUUCAACACGUUCAAGCUCUAAAUUGCCAUCUGGGAAAAAUAUAUUGGUUUUUGGGGAGGAUGGUUCAGGAAAGACAACACUCAUGGCAAAACUCCAAGGAGCAGAGCACAAUAAGAAAGGUAGAGGGCUGGAAUACUUGUACCUGAAUGUCCAGGAUGAAGACAGGGAUGAUUUGACUCGCUGCAACGUGUGGAUCCUUGAUGGAGAUGUGUACCACAAAGGCUUGCUUAAGUUCGCAGUCACCACUGAGUCACUAAAGGACAUUCUGGCUGUUUUUGUGGUGGACAUGUCAAAGCCUUGGACCAUCAUGGAGUCACUGCAGAAGUGGGCCAGUGUCCUGCGGGAGCACGUUGACAAACUGAAGAUCCCGCCGGAGGAAAUGAGAGAGAUGGAGCAAAGGAUGGUUAAGGCGUUCCAGGAGUAUCUAGAACCAGAAGAAGCCACACCAGUCUCACCACAGAGACGAGUGCCACCAGCUGAAGGAGAAGAUGAAAGUGUGCUGUUGCCCCUGGGAGACAACGUCCUUACACACAACCUGGGCAUUCCAGUGCUAAUAGUUUGCACAAAGUGUGAUGCUGUCAGUAUAUUGGAGAAGGAGCAUGACUACAAAGAGGAGCAUUUUGACUUCAUUCAGUCACACAUCCGGCGGUUCUGCCUAAAAUAUGGAGCCGGCUUGAUUUACACAUCUGUCAAAGAGGAAAAAAACCUGGACCUUCUCUACAAAUACAUUGUGCACAAAAUAUAUGACUUACACUUCACCACACCGGCCUUAGUGGUGGAGAAGGAUGCUGUCUUCAUUCCAUCUGGAUGGGAUAACGACAAAAAAAUUGCCAUUUUGCAUGAAAACUUUACAACGGUUAGACCUGAAGAUCCCUUUGAGGACUACAUAACGAAACCUCCAGUACGCAAGUUGGUCCAUGACAAGGAAAUUAGUGCCGAGGAUGAGCAGGUCUUCCUCAUGAAGCAGCAGUCAUUGUUAGCCAAGCAGCCGGCCACACCAACAAGAGGAACGGAGUCUCCAGCCCGAACUACGUCUGGUUCACCACGGCCAACAGGUCGAACAGGCCCCACUAAUGUGGCCAGUGUCUCACCCAUGACUGCGGUGAAGAAACCAGACCCCAACUUGAAAGGAGCAGCAGCAAAUGAGGGAGUGCUGGCCAACUUCUUCAACAGUCUCCUGAGUAAAAAGACAGGGGUGCCAAACAGUCCAGGGACACCAGGCGCGGGAACAGGGGUCCAAGGCUCUCCGAAGAAAACAGGGCAGAAGCCGGGUUUGACUGAUGUCCAAGCGGAACUUGACCGAAUGACUCGUAAACCAGACUCUAUGGUAACGGACAACGAUACCCCAGUGACAGAGAACGAGGCAUGAGCGCGGCAAACUGCAUUGUCCACUCUGGAAAUCAACACAUGUACCAACAUAAAGGAGAAAAAAAAAGCUAUUUAUGACCAAAAUUCCCCCCACCUUGUGUGUCAAUCAGCAAACAGACUGAGGUUUACCGAAAGUGUUGGAAUUCUAUCAGAUGUAUAGGCUCUGUUAUUUUGGGGAAAGAGAGGCAGAUAUUUGAAGAGAUUCGGCUGCUUUUUUUUUUCUUUGGUUUUCAUUUCCAAACCUCUUGUUUUAUUGUUUGCUUGUUUUUUUUGUGGUGAUUAAUUUUUGGUGAGGCAUGACAGGUCAGCUAAUGGGAGCUCUCUCUCCUCAGGAGGCAGUCGAACCUCUGAAGUGCGGGGCCUUGCUAAGCUUGGGGAAACUUUUUAAACCACGUUCACCAUUACCCCCACCCUCCCCCCCCUCCUGACAAGAGCAGAAACACUGCUACAUUGAUUGACAGCAGUGGCUUCAAAUGUUGCAGUCAGCUACAACAACUGCUAAAAGCCUAAAUAUAUUCAUUUAAAACAUAAAAUUCUUGCAAAAAGUAUAUCGUGUGUAAAAACAUAGUUACAUUUUAUGCUGAUGUAUUUAUAAAAAAAAGAAAGCAAAUCAAGCUUUUAUUUCUGUGUUUUUAUCAGUUGAGCAUGUUCAUUUAACAGGGUUAACAUCACUGAUGUCAUGACACUAAUGACAAAAUACCUAUUGGCCUUCAGCUUACAAGAAUGGCAGAUCUUGCCACACCGCCUCUUUGAAUUAUGUAAAGAUGCGCUAAAUAUGCGCUAUAUGAGCUUUGAUUUGAUUUUGUAUAAAAUUUUGAAUUAUUUUAACAAUUUAUGAAAAACUAUUUCAGAUGAAACGAGCAUUGAUGAGCAAUUUCUUUUGGCCAUCUUCCCUAGUGUAACUCCCAAGUGCCUAGCACAAUAUACUGUUUGUGUCAUAGCGGAGGUGCUUGUCUCCAAAAAAGGAAUUGCACUGUAGCAUCAACGGUCAAUAGUUAUUUCUUCUUCUUUUUUUCUUCUUGAGAUUCAUAUAAUUUAUUUGUUUUUUGUUUUUAUAUAUGUUGUCAUUGCUUUUUGCUAAAACGACUUAUUUCGCUUUAAUCAGUGGCCUACAUUUUUAUCUGCCUUAGGAAGCUUGCCUUUUUUUUGUGAAUGUAAAAAUGUUUCACAUGAAACGUGUUUAUCUUCUUUGUGGGACGUCACGUCCCACCUCCCAGAUUAAAAUUGUGGCCUAAACCACUAGCAUCAUUCUCAUUUGGCCAAUUGACAGACUGUAUGUCCUUCUGAAUAAUUUGAGACAAUUCCUCUCUCGGUUUUGUUUGUUCGCAGUUUUUAUAACUAAGACUAUAUAGCUAUUCAUGUAAUCAUUCCUGGUUUCUUCGCAGUGUAGAUGCCCCUGUAGAUAACUUCUGCCAUAUGUUCGUUUUAUGUGCCCUGCCUCAGUGCCCACUGGCAGUGAUGACUUUGCCUUCAGUGUAGCGUUCACUGUCGUCACUCUGUCUCUUCGCUCAGGGUAGGAGUCCAUACAAUAGCUUCGUUUUUCAUCACCGUGAGCUUAAAAAUAGCUUGACAUUUCUCAACAUUUUCUUUCACUAAUGAUACUGUAUCAUAUAUCAUUUCUUGUUUCAAGCAAAUUGUUUGCAUUUAUUUUCGUUUUUGUGGCAGAACAUGUAAUGUAUUGGUUUGUGAGAUUCUGAACCUGACAAUUCAUCCAGAGGCAUGAUGUCAUGGUUUUGAUUUCUGAAUGUUUUUAACCUUGUAUGGAGAAACGGUAAACUCAAGCUCAAGUGGCUUUUAAUUGAUCAUUACAUUUUCAGAUGGAAAAGGAAAAAGCAGAGUAUUGGAAUCUUGAACCAAAGAUGUAAAACCACAUGUUAUGUCUGUCAUGCUGCCCUAAAUUCCUCCCAGGUGGCCGCUCUUAGCUGAGCCUGGAGAAGCCGUCAUUCCAAAACGGAUCUUCUGCUUACUGUGGUGGUCUGUGUUCUAUGUCAGAAUAUUCUACUAGAGUUUGAAGUCUUUGUCCUUUUUUAAGCUCUUCAAGGGAAUAGACCACCAAAUGUGUAGAGUUUACUUUUGUUUUGCAUGAAAUGGUGUUUGAAAUAUGAAAAGCAAAAACUCAUACCAAAUCAGAGAUAAGGAACUUGAACGAUAUAAAAUUGUACUCCUUUUUACAUUGUAUCACGUAACAGAUUCCAUUUAUGAUGGGCAACGAUACAGCAUUUGCUGAUCUUCAAGUGCAACAUUAAGUCUGCUGCAUACAUCUUGUUUUAGUGGUUAUGUUUUUCCUUCUAUUCAGAUUUUGCAAGAAUCUCCUGAAGCCUUUGAUCACAUAUAGCCUAACAUUCUUGCCUGCUUUCAAAAUGGCUUAGUAUAACUUUAAAUGCACAAGUAUGUAAUUGCAUUCUCUGAACUUGUUGUGUGACUGAAAGUUAUUGACACAUUCCUGUGAGCAUAGCCCUUUGUUUUCUCCCAAGAGACUGAAAACCUCUCAUGGCUUUUCAACUGUUUUACUGAAAGUGGAAAAAAAAUAAGUUUUGUUCACUCAAGACAUCGUUGCAUAUUUCAACAUUUUGGUUCUGUUUUCCACAAAUGUGACUGUUACUGAUUUUAAUAGUAGCUUGAUGCAAAUGUAUACAAAACAUUAACGGACUAAGAAAUUGAAAAACGAACACGCUGCUCCUGAGAUGCCUGAAGUACUUGAAAAAAAGCUUCCCCAAAGGAGACUACACAACAGAUAAAAACGUGUCCACCAAAAGAAACAAAUUUUCUUGGCUUCAGUUUCAAACACUUUUUCCCCUCAAUUGAGGAUUGCAGUUAUAUAAUAAACACAUUUUGUUUGUAUUUCAUUCAGACUAAGAUGGAAAUUGACCGUUCUGUGCUGUAUAAUCCUUAUAAAAUGCACUUACCGCUGGAAGGAAUUGUUGAGAAAAAGCUUCCACAAUUUUUGAUUCAGGAAUUGAAGAAAUGUCUAUUCACACAAAAGACUGUUAUUAUGCUAUACAAAAAAAAAAGUCUUGAUUGUACGGCUUUAACCUGGAGCAGUAUGCAGCCAUGUGGAAUCUUGCGUUUAAUGCAAACAAAGAUAAGGAAAUGUCUUUUUCAAUAUUUGCUUCAAUAAAAAUACAAAUCCAGA